UCUGGGGUUGGGCGGCCGGCUGGCUGCAGCCUGCGACAUUCAACUGGCUGCAAACUCCGCCUCGGCGCACCAGGAAGGAGCCUGCAGCCCCUAGCUCGGGCCAGCGCAGGGAGCAGCAGCCGGGGCGUGCAGAGCCUCCCCCCUGCACCCCCAGGGCUUGGUAGCCGCAGCCAGGGGCAGGCAGAGCAUCCUCUUCCCCGCCCAGGGUGAGCAGCGGGCAGAGCCCGGGGCAAGGGGCAGCCCGUCAGGGGAUGCCAGGGCCAGUUCAGAGCUAGCCAGGGCCAUAGGGGCCAGUGGGAACCAGUCAGCGGCAGGCCCUGCCUUGCACCCCCCGCAGGGAAACUGGCAGCAGCCUCGAGAAAGCAGCCGAGCAGGGCCCCGCUCUGCCCGAGAGACACCCAGCGCAAGGCAUUCCUGCGGCAUUAGCUAAUCCAGAGCCCCGCCGAGCAGCAUCUGCCAGGCUCCGCCGCCGAGAUCUCUCCCCUCUCCAGCGCUCCGUGGCCACCCAGCCUGCUGCUCUCCGCCCGCAAGCCCGGGGCCCCCUUGCUGAUGCGCCAUGGUCUCCUGGAUAAUCUGCCGCGUGGUCGUGCUGGUGUUCGGAAUGCUCUAUCCGGCCUAUGCCUCCUACAAGGCAGUGAAAACCAAGAACAUCCGGGAAUACGUCCGCUGGAUGAUGUACUGGAUUGUGUUUGCGCUCUUCAUGGCUACAGAGACCCUCACAGAUACAUUCGUUUCCUGGUUUCCCUUCUACUAUGAGAUCAAGAUGGCAUUUGUCGUGUGGCUGCUUUCCCCCUACACCAAGGGAGCCAGCCUGCUCUACCGGAAGUUUGUGCACCCCACGCUGUCCCACAGAGAGAAGGAAAUCGACCUGUACAUUGCCCAGGCCAAGGAGCGUGGGUACGAGACUAUGGUGAACUUUGGCAAGAAGAGCCUCAACAUUGCAGCCACAGCUGCCGUCCAAGCUGCGGCCAAGAGCCAGGGAGCCCUGGCUGGGCGUCUGCGCAGCUUCAGCAUGCAGGACCUGCGCGCCAUCCCUGACGACGCCCCCGUGCACUACGAAGACCCCUUGUACCUGGAGGAGCAGGAGAUGAGGAGGCGGCCAAUAGGUUACAGAAUCGCCUCGGCUGGCCGGCAGCCUGGGCACAAGAGUGACUCGGAGGAAGAGGAGUGCUGGUCGGACUCCCAGAUCUCUCCCAAGGCUCUUCCCCGCAGCCGGGACUUCGCGCUGUCCAAAACAAUCUCCAGGAGCCAGAGCCUGCGCGUCAUGAAGAAGAGACCCCAAGUCAAAGAGGGCUCUUCCAGGCUGGUGCGGGGCCGGGCGAGGAAGAAGACGGUGCAGCCGGAUCAGGACAGUUAGCCUGCAAGAGCUGGGCUUCACCGGGAAUCUUAACCUGACGUGAUUUGGUUGCCACGCCAGGGGUGGCACCUGUCUCCAUGGGGCCAUGUGCCACUUCCUACUACAUGCCUGGCAGAGGAGAUAGCUAUUUCUAAUGGGGCAGGAGGUCCCCAUACACCCCACUGUAAAUAUCUUGUCCCUCUCCUGUCCUGAUAGGUCCCUGUACCUUCCUGUCAACUUCCUGCUGCUCUCUGCCCUAGGAGCUGCCUCUACGCACAAUGGUUCCCUGGGUGUAAAUAGCCCAGCGCCAGGCCUGCUGCACUCUGCACAUGGGGUUCAAUCUCGACUCCCCUGCUGUUCUGCUGGGCCCCAGCAUGACUCCUCCAUAGCUGGGUUAGCGGCACUUUAGACCAUGGAGCUAUUCUCCUGAGCUACUUCACAUGCCCUGUCGCUGUCCCAAGGUGAAAGGCCCCCCUGUGCCUCCAUCGAUCUGCUGCAGGUCAGCUCUAGUGCCUCUGACCCCUCCUGCUGCCAUCCUCCCUCUGACCCAGGCAAUUCUGCCCGCCCAGAGGGGUGUCUUACAUUCUUGCAACUAGUUCCAUAGGGCGACGACUUUUGUUUCACUCAGGUUUCUCUGCUGUCUGCCACUGCCCAGCUUGGGAGUGCUCUGCACCACCCAGUGUGCCUGAGCACCCUGGGCGGGUGCAAUGAACUGCUUUCCCUCCUGCUUGUGGGUCAGGAGUUGUGGUGAGUAGCAGCUUGGACCAGGUCCAGGAGGGUCACAGGCAUGCUGUGUCCUGGAUAUUACAUCCUCCUGCUCUGCAGUCUUUAAUGCACAGGUUUGGGGGGAUAUUUAUUUGUAGAGUAACUAGCAGUUGCCUUAUGGAAUCUGAGUGAACCUCUCCAGUCCCUCUGUUGCCGGGGGUCCACCAUGGAACGUUUGUGGCUGAAAUGACUGAUGCUUUAAGCCAAGCAGAGCGCUUCUGUGAGCCGUCAACUCUCCAGAGAUCUGUGUCUUCGAUCAAAUGAUCCACGUCUGAAUGGAAUGUACACAUCAGCCCAGAGGCUCCCUUAGUUACUGUCCUGGUGACCUCUUCUAAACAUCCCAGCCUUAUCGAAAGGCAGAGGUGUGAUGCGGUGAGAACUUCCCCUUUUGUCUCAGUUACACGAAACCAAAGACCUCAAGUGCCAAAAAUCUAUGCGCUCCUUUGCCUUUAGACCCAGAACACAGCCCUGGGAGCUGGUCACCUCUGCCCCAUGUGGAUUUCUGUAGCCACCCCCAUCUCCCCGACUGCAGCUCAAAGAUCAGACCCUCCACCGUCUUGCCUCAAAUCCCUGUUACUUGAAAACAGACUGACUGACUUGCUCUCUAGCCCCACUUCUGUGUCCUUUACCCUCAGUUGGUUUUUAUGUUAGACCCUCAUGUAUAAAGCUUUUGUAUAUUUAAAUACAUGAACUUGUGAAAUGA